AGGGUCUUACUUUCCACUGCAACUGAGCCUUGAAGUCAUGGCUCGCACGAAGCAGACGGCGCGCAAGUCGACCGGCGGCAAGGCCCCGCGCAAGCAGCUGGCCACCAAGGCGGCCCGCAAGAGCGCGCCGGCCACGGGCGGCGUGAAGAAGCCGCACCGCUACCGGCCCGGCACGGUGGCCCUGCGCGAGAUCCGGCGCUACCAGAAGUCCACCGAGCUGCUGAUCCGCAAGCUGCCGUUCCAGCGGCUGGUGCGCGAGAUCGCGCAGGACUUCAAGACCGACCUGCGCUUCCAGAGCUCGGCCGUCAUGGCGCUGCAGGAGGCGUGCGAGGCCUACCUGGUGGGGCUCUUCGAGGACACCAACCUGUGCGCCAUCCACGCCAAGCGCGUCACCAUUAUGCCCAAGGACAUCCAGCUGGCGCGCCGCAUCCGCGGCGAGAGGGCCUGAGCCACACGGUCUCCCACUCCUUCCCAAAGGCUCUUUUCAGAGCCACCA